AGGGCUGGGAGUCCACUCUGACUUGCACACAGCAAAAGCAGAUGGGAGGAGAAAGGAGGGGAAAAUAAAUUACUUUUAUUUGUAUUUAUUAAAUUUGGCCUACAGGCUCGAUGUGACUCAGUGCUGAACAUCUGGGACUGAUCACAGGAUCACAAACUGAGCAGGAGUCAUCUGGCUCCUUAGAAAUAAACACAUCCAGUCCCUCUGCCACAACGUUACUUCCUUAUUGAUAAAAUACAACAGCCAUUUUAAAUCCUUUUAAUCUCUCCAGCCACAGUUUUUUUAACUUAUUAGGGGUUUUUAGUAUUUUUCUUUCACUUCAGAUGAUGGCAAAUUGCGUUUGACCUUGGACUGGCGGCGUUUGGGAUUGCCCACAGCACCGAUUCACCGCUCUUCUCCAGAAUUCCCUGGCACAAUGGUGGCCUUGCAAGUGCAUUUUUGGCUGAUUGCAUCCCUGGUGAGCAGCGUGGCAGCAGCACAGUCCCUGCUGCAGGAUGCAGCCCUGCUGAGCUACAUUGACCAGCGUUUUCUGGCUCUGGAGAGGAGGCUGGAGAAAUGCAGCCAAGACCUGCUGGAGUAUGUGGAGGAAUUCCGAGAGUUUUCCCAGGCGCUGCUGUCCCGCCUGGCAGCGCUGAAGGCUGGCAAGGCUGAGCUCGGGGGACAAGUGCAGACUCUGCUGUCCAGGCUGGAGAGGGCACAGAGGGACAUCGACUAUUUGGGAUCUACCACGGGUUCCAACGCCUGCCUGGACGUGCACCAGGACCUGCUGGAACAGCAGCUGCUGGAAGAGGCAGAGGAGAAAAACAGGAUCAAACUCAUGCUUAAUGCAAGUUGUGACCACGUUCUUGCAGGCAUUAGGUCCCUAAAGGUGGUUAAGAAGACUGGAGGAAAGCACGGCUCCUGGAUGAAAGAUCCCGGCAGAAAGCACGCCAAGAUUUAUUUACUGAGCGGCUCUGUAAAUAACGUGGUUUGGGAAUUUGCAAACAUCAUGGCUUUCAUGGAAAGCAACCAGACCCUGAAGGCUCACAGAGUCCCCUUGGCACUGCCCUGGGAAGGAACUGGCCACGUCAUCCACCAGGGUUUCCUCUUCUACCACAGGCACGGCUCCUUGAACGAGAUCAUCAAAUUCCACAUCCAGAGGAGAAGCGUCGCCGGCCAGAUGCUGCUGCCGGGGGCUGGGAGGAUUCCUGCCUACCAGCUCUCUCCACAGACAAAAAUAGACCUGGCUGUGGAUGAGCAGGGGCUGUGGGCCCUCCACGCAGAGCCAGAGACCGGGGGAAACAUCGUCAUCACCAAAAUCAACCCCGCGGCCAUGGCGGUGGAGCACAGCUGGGACUCGCCCUGCAGCAGCGAGGGUGCUGAGGCAGCUUUCAUGGCCUGCAACACCCUCCACGUGGUCUACAACUCUCCUUCUGGAGGCUCCUCCCGCAUCCAGUGCGUUUAUGAUGUUCUGGGAGCUCCAGGUGUCCCCCUAAAGCCAGGGCUGCAUUUCCCCAAGCGCCAGGGCGGCCACUCCAGCGUGCACUACAACCCGAAGGAAAGGCAGCUCUUUGCUUGGGGUGAUGGAUCCCAGAUCGUUUACAAGCUUCACACAGAGCAAAAAGCUUAGAAAUCUUUAAAAAAAGAAGUUAAAAUCUUUAGCAGCUUCUCAAGUAGAUGUGAAAGCCGCCAGUCCCAGGCCAACACAGCCAUUAAUGUGUCUUAAAAUGACAUUAUUACAACUUUCAUCCAUUUUACAUAACUUAAGGCUUAUGUACCCCAGUAAUUUUAAUUCCCAAUUGAGAAUAAGUGAAGAUUCCAUUAAUAUAAAUACCACACAUGCCGGUAUUUAUGUAUUUAUAUAAAAAUAUAUAUACAUUUACAUAAAAAACCCACCUACCCCCCACCCCCCAAGGCACAAAUUAAAGUCUAAGGUUAAUUUAAAAAAAAAAAAUACCCCAUUUCUGACAGGUUCUCUUCCUACUGAAAAUGUUUUCUGCUUCAACACCAUGGAUAUCGAAUCAGAAAUCCUUCCUGUCCAAAACACAGUCUGACAACCUUCACAGCUCUGAAGAUCACAGAAAUCCCUCUGGUGAGCAAUAUGAAAUCAAACACUUUCAGAGACACUAGCUAGAAGUUUUAACAGGAGAGGUUCAUUAUCCCACAAAAUGUAGGAAUAGACACCUCCACAAAUAUGGCUUAUAUUUAACAUAAAACUCUUUAAACCUGUUCCUAUUCAUUGAACUUCUAGAGUUCAUGGAAACUCUACAUUUCUUAUCCACAUAGCUGUUUCCACUGUGGAUCCUGCCAGAUAUUCACUUUUAUCAGCUCCAAGUUGCCACUUCUCAGCAUUUUUUGAGCAGACCACAGUUAGUGUGUCAGAAGGAAUGUUCUAGGUGAGCUGCUCUGUAUCACACACUGCUUUUAAAGGCUCUGCAUGUCAUCCUGAGGUGGUUUUCUCAUCAGGUCUCUUUCAGCACUUGUGAGGCAUUCUUCCCAAUGUUUCAAGUCACUUUUGUUGAUUAUAGCAGCUUUCUCAUCCUAUCCUCCAGGAAAAGUGCAAUAGGUGAGGGCAUGGCACUGCUCAGCCCUGGAUUUGUGAGUCACAGAUAAACUCCAGGUGUUUUUGUCUCAAAAACAAUGUUAAAUAAUAUUUUUUUUUAAAAAAUACUGUGAAAUACAGGUAUAGACUCUAUUUUUUAUAUAUUUUAAUGACAGCUGCAUAUGCCUAAUAGCAAACAAACAAGGAAACACACCAAAAAAAUUCCUCUCCCCCCAAAAAACCACAAAUAAUGGUGCUUAAAAAGCAAUCCGCAGCUUUUCCUACAUCCUACAGAAAACCCAGUGUGUUCAUUACACUGAGAGAGCUGCUGUUCUGCUUAAAAAUAUCUUACAGAGAGCAGCCAAACAUCGGGGAAUGGUUCUGAAAAGGAGUUCCAGAGCACAAUUAGGAGUGUACAGAGUGCUGGGCUGCACCAGUGCCACACUGCCUUCAGCAAAAGGAACUUCAUCAGUCCAAGGCCUCUAAUUAGUGAGUGGAGCUCUGUUUCUGUGUCACUGCAGACACAGGAGGCACAGCCACAGCCAUCCUGGGGCUGGAAGGGAGGUGGGCUGUCACUGUGGGACCCUGGGAUAAAGGCAAUAUUUGCCCCUUUUAUUCCUCUUCUGUAAAAUUACAAAAUGCAAAAUGGCAUCAGCCACCUCUGGGAUGCUGUGAGAACUUUUAUUGGGAAGGAUGUGUGACUUUCUUUAUUUAAGAAAUAAAGCCUCUGGAUGUAAA